CAUACAUACAUUCUGUACAUGACUUUUUUCCACAGACAAACGACUCAGAUAUGGCUAAGCUAGAAGAAGAAACGACCCAUUAAAUUUUCCUCACUCCUUUUUGCUUAAAUUUCCAGUUUCGGGUUGUCUUUCUUUUUUCUGGGGCUUGACUCUGUUUGGGUAUAGAUCAGAAAUAUCGAAAGUUUCUGAUUCAGGAAGAAGCUAGGUCGGUAGCUUUUAAUAUGGGAAGGGGUAGGGUUCAGCUGAAGAGGAUAGAGAACAAGAUCAACAGGCAGGUCACUUUUUCGAAACGAAGAACUGGGUUGCUGAAGAAGGCGCAUGAGAUCUCUGUCUUGUGCGAUGCUCAGGUUGCUUUGAUUGUCUUCUCUAACAAAGGGAAGCUCUUUGAAUACGCAACUGAUUCAUGCAUGGAGAAUAUACUUGAACGCUAUGAGAGGUACUCGUAUGCGGAGAGACAGCUAGUCGAACCUGAUUUUGAAUCACAGGGUAACUGGACCUUUGAACACGCUAGGCUGAAGGUGAAGGUUGAGCUUCUGCAAAGAAACCUUAGGCACUAUUUGGGUGAAGAUCUGGAUUCAUUGAGUCUCAAAGAGAUUCAAAGUUUGGAGCAACAGCUAGACACUGCUCUUAAGCAAAUUCGAUCAAGAAAAAACCAACUCAUGCAUGAGUCAAUCUCUGAGCUUCAGAGAAAGGAGAAGGCAAUGCAGGAGCAAAACAACCUGCUUUCAAAGAAGAUUAAGGAGAAAGAGAAGAAUGCAGCGGAAGCUCGAGAGGUUCAUAAUCGGGAGCAGCAGCAGCAACAACAAAACCAUGGCCUUAACCUGCUAGCAACGGCUCCACUUCCAUGUUUGAACAUGGGGGGCACUCAGCAAAAUGAUCAGUUUCUUCAAGUGAGGAGGAACCAGCUUGACCUUACUCUGGAGCCAUCUUUGUAAUCAUGCCACCUUGGAUGCUUUGCUUUAUGAGUAUCAUCACCAAGUAAUGUUUUUAAUUGCUAAGUGCA